CGCGUGAGUUUCCCAGUCAAGGUUAAAACCAGAAGAGAAACAUUUUUCGUUAGCCUCUCAAGGCCCUUUCAUACUCGUCUUGAACUGGAGCGGUGCAAACGGAAGAAUGGGAUCUAAGGUCUUAAAAUUCGGUAUUAUUCUGCUUUCAGUUUGGAUUUUUUCAAUAUGCGAAUCUAUUAUGAUGCCGUCUUCUCAUUGCUCGGAAUCGGGAAAUCCACUUUUCUUGACUCCUUUCAUCGAAUCUGGCGAAAUUGCGAAAGCUCGACUUCUCAGCAGAGUAAGCCAUUUGCCGCUUGCGCCACCAGUUAUCAGUUAUAGUGGAUUUUUAACUGUUAAUAAGAGAUAUAACACCAAUCUCUUUUUCUGGUUCUUUCCGGCUAUGAAUGGAGAUAAGCGAGCACCAAUUUUGCUGUGGUUGCAAGGUGGACCCGGACUUACCGGCCUGUUUGGUUUGUUCACCGAGCAUGGUCCCUAUCUUGUACAUCCUAAUAUGACACUUGGAUUGCGUGAGUAUGCUUGGACACAAAGCUUCCAAGUUAUUUACGUCGAUAAUCCCGCUGGAACAGGUUUCAGCUUUACUGAAGAUGACAAAGGUUAUGUCACCAAUGAGGAAGAAAUGGCCACCGAUAUGUACGAGUUCUUGUUACAGUUUUUCGCUAUCUUUCGUGAAUAUCAAAGAAAUGAAUUCUACAUUGCUGGGGAGUCUUAUGGAGGAAAAUAUGUGCCGGCUUUGGCGUACAAAAUUCAUGAAGCCAAAAAUUCUUCAAAGAUUAACUUGAAAGGAAUAGCCGUUGGAAACGGUAUGUGUGACCCGGAAACAAUGAUGGAUUAUAGCGAUUACUUAUACCAAUUGGGUCUAGUUGAUCGCAAACAAGCUUCUGUGAUGCGCAAAUUAUCAAAGUCCAUAGUAAGACACAUACGUAAAAAAGAAUAUUAUGAAGCUCUUAUUGAAAUGGACGAGUUAAUUAUAGAUCUGAAUGUUUUGCCCUAUAAGAGUUACUUUAAGAACUACACAGACUACAAAUUUUAUUAUAAUUUCCUUAUGACAGAAACACCGGAAGAUUUCGAACGAUUUCGCAAGUAUGUUGUAUUUCCCGAAUUCCGAAAAGCUGUCCAUGUGGGGAACUUAACUUUCCAGGACGGGAAAAUAGCACAGAAGUACCUACUGAUAGACAUUAUGAAAUCGGUGAAACACCAAGUGGCAGUCAUCAUGGACAACUACCGUGUAUUGUUUUUCAAUGGCCAGUUGGACCUUAUUAUUCCGUAUCCAUUAACUGUCAACUUCUUGAGCAGCAUUCGUUGGAAAUACGCAGAUGAAUACAGGAAUGCAGAAAGAGUGAUAUGGACGCUGGACAAUGGUGAUGAAAUUGCAGGUUAUGUUCACAAUGUUAAGGAUUUCUAUGAAGUAUUGGUUAGAAAUGCUGGACAUGUUGUACCAUAUGAUCAACCUAGAGUAGCAUUCGACCUAAUAUCACGUUUCCUACUUCGAAAACCGUAUGACUCCGAGACUCUUCUUUAAAGUUUUGUUGAUGUUGCUCAAUUAAUAUUACUUAAGAACACGAUUGUGUAAAGAAUUAGUGUUACUGUUGAGAAAAAAUAGAUAUUUUCAAGUGUUUUUAUUCAGCAAGUGUUUGCAAGUGUUUUUAUUCAGUAAGUGUUUGCGAGUGUUUUUAUUCAGUAAGUGUUUGCGAGUGUUUUUAUUCAGCAAGUGUUUGCAAGUAUUUUUAUUCAGUAAGUGUUUGCGAGUGUUUUUAUUCAGUAAGUGUUUGCGAGUGUUUUUAUUCAGCAUGAAAUGCGUAAUGAAAUGUCGUUAAAAAACGGGAAACAAGUGUUGCCUUAAUGAGAUGUGUUAUUAAAAAAAAAAUCCAAAUCCAUUUGGAUUAAUCCAAACUGCUUACAAUUUUAAGCAAAAUGAAAGUUUUUCCGCUAAAUUAUUUUAUGUAUUCCUGUAAAAAACUGAAUUUUAUCUUAUGCUUUUAUUAAUUCAAGUGUAAUAAAAAAAAUUUCUGUUUUUUAGAACGUUUUUAAAAUACCCA